AUGGUAAACGUCACUCACAAAAAAGACCAACCGCAGAAAAAAGACUUAGCUAAAAAUACGACAACUCAAAAACCCACAACUAUGAAGUCAUUUGUCACAGAAGUAAACAGCGAAUGCACUUAUUGCUCACAAAACCAUUAUAUUUGCCACUGUAAGGAAUUUGCCGCCUUAGAUGUUCCUCAACGUCAGGAUUUUAUUAAGAAGAAUGGCAUUUGUUUUAAUUGCCUUGUUAAGGGUCACUCUGUUAAUGCGUGUAGGCAGAGCACCACCUGUAAAAAAUGUAGUCGACGACACCACACUCUGUUGCACUUCACAAACCCUAACAAGACCACAGCAGUGCCUGAAAGCGAUGCAACUACCCCCACCACACCUGAAACUAGCCAAACCACAUCAACCGUAGUUUACAAGGCUGAGGUUGACAGCGACAGCGAAGAAGUUAUUUUGGCGACUGCGCGCAUUGCAGUUAAGGCGAGGAACGGCGACACAAUCAUCUUGAGAGCACUGAUUGAUCCGUGCUCGCAGUCUAACUUCGUUACUGAAGCGGUAGCUCAACUACUGAAUCUCGAGCGCACUUCAGUCAACGGCAGAAUCACUGGUAUAUCACCUGUACCUACGACAACCAAGUCACAAGUUAAGUUGAACUUCCAUGCAGUUAGAGAUCCAUCACACAUAAUCACAGCUAAGGCGUACGUCCUUAGACGAAUAAAUUCGAGAUUACCAGCACGAGAGCUCCCAUCGGAUGCCUGGCCUUCUUCUGAGAUUCCAGAUCUUGCGGAUCCACACUUUCACAAGCCAGGGUCUAUCGACGUGCUCUUAGGUGCAGUUGUAUAUGCACAUAUUAUUCUCAACGGAGUAAUAAAACACAACGAGUCUCUGGUCGCUUUGAACUCACGAUUGGGCUGGCUGGUAAGCGGUGACGUUGCUCAGUCUGGCCAUCAGUCUCACAACGUAGUUGUGAUGCACACACAAGUCGAAGUGGAUCAGUUGCUGCGUCAGUUUUGGGAGAUUGAUGAAUAUGCACCAAACGUGAAGCCUCUGUCACAACCUGAGAUACAGUGCGAAGAGCAUUUCAAGAAAACUCACACUCGAAACACUGACGGUCGAUACGAGGUUCGACUCCCCUUCAAGGACGACGACGCUCCAAAUUUGGGUAAUUCCAAGCCACUUGCAUUGAAGCGCUUACAUCAGAUGGAAAACAAGUUUAAGCGCAGACCCGAGUUUCACGAAGAAUACAGCAAGUUCAUGAGACAAUAUGAGUCACUCGGUCACAUGGAGGUCGUCCCUGAAGCAGAGAAGAACAAGAGAGCUUAUUACUUACCACAUUGCGCUGUUAUACGAGACUCGAGUCUCACUACGAAGCUGCGUGUAGUUUUCGACGGAAGUGCUAAACCUGUCGAUGGAAACUCACUUAACGACGAGCUUCUCAUCGGCCCACCACUGCAACAAGACAUCCGUGAUUUAGUUACUCGGUGGAGACAACACAAGUACUGUUUAGUAGCUGAUAUACAACAAAUGUACCGACAGAUACUUAUAUCCAAGCAAGACACCGAUUACCAAAGAAUCUUGUGGCGCGAGUCAUCAGAAGAGCCGAUUCGAGAAUAUCGGUUACUUACCGUCACAUAUGGCAGUUCAUGUGCUCCAUAUCUUGCCAUAAGAACUCUCCAUCAACUUGCAGAGGAUGAACGUGAAGAGUUUCCAGAAGCUGAACUUCUAAAAACCGAUCUUUAUAUGGACGACUUGAUGACGGGUUCAGCUACAGAAGAAGACACUCAACGGCUUCAAAGUCGUUUAACUGAACUAUUUAAACGUGGCGGUUUUCUUCUUCACAAGUGGUCGUCUAAUAGUGAAAAAGUGUUAAGUGAAAUUCCCGAUUCACAAAAAGCAUUACAAAGUUCAGUGAAUAUUAAAAUGGAUGAUUCGGUUAAAGCUCUAGGCAUAGCCUGGAGACCACAAAGUGAUAUAUUCGAACUUGUAGUUAACUUACCUCAUAACAACGACGUUGUUACAAAACGAUGUGUGCUAUCUGCGAUAGCAAAGACAUUUGACCCUCUGGGUUGGCUAGCACCUUGCGUGAUUGUGUUAAAAAUAUUUAUGCAGAAGUUGUGGCUGGCCGGCCUGGACUGGGACUCUGAACUUCCUGAAAACCUGAAAACUGAAUGGCAGACUUACCUGACUAACUUUGAACACAUGCAAGCCAUUCAGCUUCCACGUUGGUUAGGGAUCACGAAGAAUGUCAAAAUUGAGUUGCACGGUUUUUGUGACGCCUCUUGCGCCGCCUACGCUGCGGUUAUUUACAUCAGAGUCAUCACGAACAAUGAGAUUAAAGUAAGCCUAGUCGCUGCCAAAACGAAGGUCUCUCCUGUGAAACAGGUCUCAUUGCCGCGUCUUGAACUCUGUGGGGCUGUCCUACUCUCAAAAUUGAUACCAAAUGUAAAGUCAAGUCUAAAUGUUGAUGACAAUUCUGUGUUUGCUUGGACAGAUUCCACGAUAGUUUUGGCUUGGUUGCGUAAAACUCCAAACACUUGGAAGCCAUUCGUCGGUAACCGCACUACCGAAAUCUUGAAUGUUACAAAUAGUAGUCAAUGGCAUCAUGUCAAGUCUGCGGAUAACCCCGCUGAUUGCGCCUCACGCGGUAUCAGUCCGGACGAACUGAUGCAGUCACAGCUAUGGUGGGAAGGUCCAGCCUUUCUUCGAGAGUCUGUUGAGAUUUGUUACCCUAACUUCACUAUACCUGAAACCACACUCGAAGCUAAACCGAAAGCAAAAACAGUUCGACCUCGGAGUCAAGCACGUCUCGAAGCAGUUCGUCGUCAAGUAGUAGUAGCAGCAGCUCUGGAGACAACAGGCGACAUCGGCGGAAAACCAAGCGAAGUCGUAAGCGCUCCGAAACCGUGA